GAAGGCGUGCAAGCCAUCUCCAACGUCCUUUCCAAGCUGGGCGAGAAGCCCUGGCUGCCCCGCGUGCCCACGCAGUUUCACAAGCAGCCCGUUGGAAGCAGCCUGAUCAUUGCAUGCCCGGGAGCCCGGCCCGAGCACGCUGUGGCCUGGGACAAGGACUCCAUCCGGCUCUACCGCUCCCGCUACCUUGUUGGUGUCAACAAGAGCAUGCGGGUCUUCAUCGACCACGGCAACCACCUGCACAUCCUGCAGGCCCGAGUCAGCGAUGGAGGCACCUACUUCUGCUGGCGGGAGGGCGAGAUGGUGGCCGGCUUCCGGCUCAGCAUCAUCUACCAGCGCCGGCGCAGGCGGACGUUCAACGACCCUGAGACCAUCUACGCCGUCAAGACCAUCGGCAUGAGCUACGUCCUCAUCACCAUCAUCUUCAUUGUCAUCCACGUGUGCCGCUGCUGCUGGCGGGUGUUCAGGUGCCCUGCCAGGACAUAG